CACACACGCACGCGCACACACAGCAUCCUCAGAUAACAGGUUGCAAUAAAUCCAUCAGCAACAUUCACUUUCAGAGAGCAGUUCCUGCUGCCUUGCUAACAGCUACCAGCACCUCGCUGAGUGCUCACACCAAGAUGGGCUCUAAGAGCAACACACCUUUCUGAGCAGAGUUUUAUAGCUUAAACAAUAAAAGUGUUUCUGGUAUUACAGAGCAAGGGAAAUUGGUGGAGAAUAAGCCUACAAGUUAAAAACUUAGAAUUUCAUCCCAGUUUGGCACUAAUUGUCUGACCCCCAAACUAAUCUCCUAACCUCCUGAGUCUCAGAUUUCUCAUCUGUGAGAUGAAAUGACUUUCGCUCGUCUGGGCAGACUUCCUCCGCUCUUCUGUAAAGGCUGCAGAAGACCUGUAGCUGUAACAGGACCCUCCCCAAGAACCUGGAGGAGACCAGUGCCCCCGCCCCGCCCUCGCCAUGCUCAGGACCGUUCUAGACACUCCUCAGAGGUGGCUGAAGGAGGGGAGAUCGUCGCGGCAGCUGGUGCUGGUGGUGGUCUUUGUUGCUCUGCUCUUGGACAACAUGCUGCUUACUGUAGUGGUGCCUGUUGUGCCCACUUUCCUGUAUGUCACGGAGUUCAAAGAAGUCAACUACUCUCUGCACCUCGGCCAUGCCGUAAGUUCCCCGCCUACCCUCGCCUCUUCCGCUUUUUCCACCGUCUUCUCCUUCUUUGACAACACCACCCUGGCUGUUGAAGAAAGUGCACCCAAUGGCACAGCAUGGACAAAUGGCACUUCGGACAUCAGUCCUCUUCCAGUUACUGAAGCCAUCUCAGCACGUAAAAACAACUGCUUGCAAGGCACAGAGUUCCUGGAGGAAGAGAACACUCGUGUCGGGGUUCUGUUUGCUUCAAAGGCUAUGAUGCAACUUCUGGUCAACCCAUGCGUGGGACCUCUCACCAACAGGAUUGGAUAUCACAUUCCCAUGUUUGCUGGCUUUGUUAUCAUGUUUCUCUCCACAGUUAUGUUUGCUUUCUCUGGCACGUACUCCCUGCUGUUCGUGGCCCGAACCCUUCAAGGCAUUGGAUCUUCAUUUUCAUCUGUUGCAGGUCUCGGGAUGCUGGCAAGUCUCUACACUGACGACAGUGAGCGGGGGCGAGCCAUGGGAACCGCCCUGGGGGGCCUUGCCUUGGGACUGUUGGUGGGAGCUCCCUUUGGAAGUGUGAUGUAUGAGUUUGUGGGGAAGUCUUCUCCCUUCCUUGUCUUGGCCUUCCUGGCACUACUGGAUGGCGCUCUCCAGCUUUGCAUCUUGCAGCCUUCCAGAGUCUCUCCGGAGAGUACCAAGGGGACUCCACUCUUCACGCUUCUCAGAGACCCUUACAUCCUGGUGGCUGCAGGUUCCAUCUGCUUUGCCAACAUGGGAGUGGCCAUCCUGGAGCCGACACUGCCCAUCUGGAUGAUGCAGACCAUGUGCUCCCCUGAGUGGCAGCUAGGUGUGGUUUUCCUGCCUGCCAGUGUGUCCUACCUUAUCGGCACCAACCUCUUUGGGGUGUUGGCCAACAAGAUGGGGCGGUGGCUGUGCGCCCUGGUUGGGAUGGUGGUCGUAGGCACCAGCCUGCUCUGUGUUCCCCUGGCUCACAACAUUUUUGGUCUCAUUGGCCCCAAUGCCGGGCUUGGCUUCGCCAUAGGCAUGGUAGAUUCCUCUAUGAUGCCCACCAUGGGACACCUGGUGGACCUGCGCCACGCCUCCGUGUAUGGGAGCAUCUACGCCAUCGCCGACGUGGCUCUUUGCAUGGGCUUCGCUAUAGGCCCGUCCACCGGGGGUGCCAUUGUGCAGGCCGUCGGUUUCCCCUGGCUCAUGGUCAUCACUGGGGUCGUCAACAUUGUCUAUGCCCCUCUCUGCUGCUACCUGCGGAGCCCCCCAGCCAAGGAGGAGAAGCUUGCUAUUCUGAGCCAGGACUGCCCCAUGGAGACCCGGAUGUACGCAACCCAGAAGCCCACCAAGGAGUUUCCCUUGGGGGAGGACAGUGACGAGGAGCCUGACAAUGAGUAGCAGCAGCAGAGAUG